AUGUACGCCACCACCAUUGUCAACUUCUUCAUGCUCGCCGUCGCGGCCUCUGCUGCUGCCACCGCCAAAGCGGCCGACUCCAAGGCCUUGCAGAAGGCUGCCGAGGGCAAGUGUGACAUUGGCAACAUUGCUUGCUGCAACUCUGUGCACGAUGAGAAGGACGACACUCUCGUCAGCUUGCUGAAGGAUGGUCUCAUCCACAACUUGGUCGGCAAUGAGGAUUCUCCUUGUGCCAAGGCCAGCCUCAUCGAUGAGCUGGGCCUCCUUUCCCUGAUCAAGCACACCAACGAAGGACCCGUUUGCAAGAACGUCAUCGCUUGCUGCCCCGGUGGCACUUGCGUUGCCAUUGACGGUUCCGCCGAGAAGGAGAAGUCCAAGCGCGGCGACGACGACUACGACAACAAGGGCCACAAGGGCCACAAGAACGAGAAGGACGACAAGCACGAGAAGGAUGACAAGCACGAGAAGGAUGACAAGCACGAGAAGGAUGACAAGCACGAGAAGGGUGACAAGCACGAGAAGGGCCGCAAGGAACAUGGCCGCUAUUAA